GCCACGCCCAGUCUGCCCCUCUGAGGAGGAACUCCAUAAAGGUUGCUCAGGGAGGGAAAUUGGCGAUUUCAAGACUACGAGUUGGGCGCAGUGAGCGUUCAGCGGCAUGCCACUAUAUCCACGGUGGGGACUUCCUGCUUGCACCAUCUCUCUUCUACUCCCUUUCUCAAUGACAAGCAGAUUUGCUGUUUGUGUGCUGGCUUUGCUGCUCUGCUGUCAUUGCUCUGAUUCCUAUGAACCAUCGACAUUGCCCGAUCCUCGGGAUCCACAGUUCAUUGAGGAAUGUGUGGAGACACAUAACAGAUUCCGGUCCGGAGUGGAUCCACCAGCCAGCGACAUGCGCUACAUGACUUGGGAUCCAGAUUUGGCAAAGACUGCAAAGGCUUGGGCAAAGAAAUGUCUAUUUAAACAUAAUAUAUACCUCCAACAGCGAGGGAAAACUCACCCCAGAUUUGCUUUUGCUGGAGAAAACCUCUGGACUGGCUCAAUUGCUGCCUUUACCGUGAAAGGAGCCAUCACCUCUUGGUACAACGAGGUCCAAUUCUACACUUACAACACCAAUGAGUGCAGUAAAGUAUGUGGCCACUAUACACAGGUAGUUUGGGCUACAAGCUACAAGGUUGGCUGUGCUGUCCACUUCUGUCCCAAGGUGGCGUACACCUCCAUACCCAAUGCAGCGCACUUCAUCUGCAACUAUGGGCCACCUGGGAAUUACCCAGUGCGCCCMUACAAGACAGGAACCGAGUGCAGCGAGUGUGGCGGCGAGCAGUGUACCAACAAGCUGUGUCGAAAUCUCCAGCGUGAUAAAAUCGUUGAGGAUUUCAAAUGGUAUCCAGAGUGGGACAAACCUGCAUGUGAUGAAUUCUGCGUCACCAUUAUUUCCGUAAGGUUAAUACUCCUUUUACUGACUUUUCUGGCCACUUGGCUCCUACCAAAAUAYUGGUCUAUAGUACCUGCCAGUGGGUGACACACAUGUAGAAGACUACAAGAGCACUUGGCUCAACUCAUCUCUUCCAUUCACCUAAGUUACUGGUGGCACAAACAUUGGUAGAUAUAUUGUUUGCAUCUAUAGAUGGUUUAGAAGUACAGAAAUAACAUCUUCAUUGCAGGUCAUAGUUACAAGUGCUGAUACACAGUUUCUCAUUAUUUAAAACCAGUUAAAAAGUUAGAAGUUAAAAUGGCUCUUUAUGUUAAAAUUGCUUUAAAAGUUAAAAGGUUGAAGUAUUAUUAAAGUGGAGCAGUGUGUGUGUGUGAUCCGGUGGGCACAGGAGYACACUGUUGAGGCAGCACACUAAGGUGCAGGCAGCUGCCCAACAUGCUUUCUUUAGGAAGGGCUGGAGAAUGUCCAGCCUCAAAUCCAGGCCCCAGCCUGCUGCCAAGGCACAGGCAGAGCAUGCACAUCUCUCACUCCUAUUGCACUCUUAUCUUGGGCGCUCCUACAGCAAGCAGAGGGGACUGUAUAAUUUACAUUUUUUUAAGGAAUUUUUGGAUCCCUGUGAGCUCUGGCAUUUGCAUCCUGUGGCAGGCAGUGCAUUUCCCAGUCUCACAGAGCACUUGUGUAAUUGGUACCUCUUUUUGCUUAGCAUUUGUUUUUAAACUCAUGGCAUUUGUGCCUAAAGUUUCACCUGUGUUUAACAGUUAUGUAUCAUUGCAAUCUUUCCUGUUGUGGUUUUUUUUUCUGAGCAUAGGGGUUUUACUGCUGUUUCAAACAAUAAAUUGUUAUUUCCUGCUUCCCGUGUAUGGCAAUCGUGAAUGUGCAACAUGAGCUAAAGUUUAACUGCUGGUGCACAAAAUAAAUACACAUUCAGCUCCAGCUUUCA